GAGAGAGGAAAAUGGGUGGACGGAAAGUCCCCGUGUGGAAAUCCCCUUGACUUUUUUUUAACUAUCGCUUGCGGACGUGUACGCUCCUGUGAAAGGCUUCGCAAGCUGCGAGGGAUAAAAAUUAGCUCUGAUAGUGAAGGAAAGAGGAGGUUGAAUGGCGCCGAGCACCGCUGCGGUGAGGCUGAGUGAAGUGGCUGAGAGAGGACUAGCCUGAGCAUCCGGGAGGGCUUUGUUAUUACCCCGACAUAUUACACAGAUACCACGUUGUUCGGUUGGCGGUCGGUGCCUCCUCCUCCUCCUUCCCUCCUUGUUCCUCUUCCUCCCCUCCUUCCAUCCAUCCGGCCACCACCAUGUCACAGGGUCAGAACUUCCUCCCCAAAUUCCUGUUUGUCUCCAACCUGCUGAAGGCGGUGAAGAUCCGACAGCGAGUGCCAAAUGACGUGGUGAAGCCCGCGGCCAGCGGUGGCCUCAUGCACCACCUGCGGGGGAUGCACAGGUACACGCUGGAGAUGAUUGCCAUGAACCACUUUCCACAGGCCUUCAGGGAAGUGGUGCAGGCUGCCAUACUGGACCGAGCCAUGCAGGCAUCGCUGGAACAGGAGAAGAAGCUGAACUGGUGUCGGGAGGUGAAGAAGAUGGUGCCAUUACGGACCAAUGGGGAUGGAAAUUGCUUGCUUCAUGCGGCCUCUCAGUACAUGCUGGGUGUUCAGGACACAGACCUGGUGCUUCGAAAAGCUCUCCAUGGUGUUCUGAAAGAGACGGACACUGGUGUCUUUAGAGCUCGUUUUCAGGCGGAGCUGCUCCAGUCCCAGGAGUUUACCCAGACCGGACUCCGAUACACCACCAUGAACUGGGAGGAAGAAUGGGAUAAAAUUGUGAAGAUGGCUUCUCCAGUCUCCAGUAGCAAUGGCCUCCAAUUUGACUCUCUGGAGGACAUCCACAUCUUCGUCCUCUCCAACAUUCUCCGUAGACCCAUCAUUGUCAUCGCAGACCAGGUGGUCAGAAGUAUGAAAUCUGGCUCCUCCAUCUCUCCUCUGAAUGUUGGUGGGAUUUAUCUGCCGCUGCACUGGCAGCCCACAGAGUGCUACAAAUACCCGAUCGUGCUUGGCUAUGACUCGCAGCACUUUGCACCUCUCAUCACCAUCAAAGACAGUGGUCCAGAAAUCAGAGCAGUACCACUGAUAAACCCAGGACGAGGAGGCUUUGAGGAGCUGAAGGUUCACUUCUUGAUGGAGAAAGAACAGCAGCAGAAAGAGAGGCUUCUUAAAGACUACCUUCUACUUUUAGAGAUCCCUGUCAUUGGCCUGGGCUAUGAUGCCACACGGAUUAUCAAUGCUGCACGGCUUGAUGAGGGAAACCUCCCUGAGGAUAUGAACCUGAUGGAGGACUACCUGCAGCUUGUCAAUCAUGAGUACCAGCGCUGGCAGGAGGACAAGGAACAGGCGUGGGCAGCCCAGCCACAACGUCCACCACCCUUCUCAGUCUCCCAGCUGUCCCUUAUCGAGAUCCGCUGUGCCACACCACGAUGCACCUUUUACGUAUCCGUGGACACGCAGCCUCAUUGCCAUGAAUGCUUUGAGAAGCGGCAGGCCACCACUGGAGGAGGAGCAAGGAUAGAAGGUGUGGUACAGACCAAGGGAGGAGGGGUUCAGGGUGGGGUAGGAGUGAUAGGGGGAUCAGAGACAGAGGUCAGCUCCAGAGGAGCAAGGAGCAGCAGCCCCCCAUCCUCCUCGUCUGGGAGAGGGAUGGCAUUAUCCAGCCCCCGCUCAGCCCCACCCACUGCUCCCAGCCUCAGCCUGUACAGUGAAACUCAUGCCAUGAAGUGCAAGACACCUGGCUGCCUCUUCACCCUCAGUGUGGAGCAUGAUGGACUCUGUGAGCGCUGCUUCAACUCCAGGCAGAACCAUGGACCCCCUGGAGCAGGAACAACUGCCACAGGGCUACCAGGCCCCAAUGGGGGUACUACAGUCCCCCACCCAGGCCAGGGCUCUGGCUGGACACAGUGGGGGGCCCGUGAGACAGAGACAGAGCGCUGUAGCAUGUGCAGACAGGAGGCGUUCAGGGUAUUCAAUGGCCUAUGUCCUCCCUGCAUGCAAAGACAGCAGGCUCCAGAGAGGGGAGAGCCACAGCAGAACAACCCCAGGACUGAGGCCUCAUCUUCAGCAUGGACCCAGGCCAGGGACGCUGAGCGGCCAUGUCUUACCCUAACCCCAGGUCACACCUCAGCCUGGCAAACCCCUCUGGCCCGGCCGUGUAAAAGAUCUGGCUGCCAGUUUUAUGGGACGCCAGAGAAGUUGGGUUUCUGCACUAUUUGCUACGUAGACUAUCAGACAAACCACCACUUGACCCCUCCUCCUCCUCCAGUCCAGACACGGCACGGUUUGGAGGCAGGUUUCCAGAAUGCAUCCCGAUGUCGUGGGCCUGGCUGUGGGGCAGUUGGCAAGGCAAUGCUGGAGGGUUACUGUGACAAGUGUUACGUCAAGGAGCAAAGUGCAAGGCUCAAACAGGUGGCACAUCACACACCACACUCCCCUCCUCUGGUCAUGCGUGACCGAGCAGUCAAACCCAGAUCUUCACAGCAAUCCCAGACCCAGACCCAGACUCAGUGCCGGCGGAGUGGCUGCAGUAAUGUGUCCCCGGGUUGCACAGAUCUCUGCCCAGAGUGCCACACACGUGGUCAGGGUAGAGAGGCGGGAAGGAGGGCGCAGGCGCCCAAGGAAAAGUCCAAACAGCGAUGCCGGACGCAGGGCUGUGACCACUACGCUAACCAAGAAAAACAGGGCUACUGCAACGAGUGUGACCACUUCAAACAGAUCUACCGCGGCUGACCACAUUCACAACCACGCACGCGACAACGAUGACAACACAUCGCUAGCACGCUAGAGCUGCUGCCCAGCUGUGGGCGCCCCAUGCCAGUCAAUGCACCUCUGAUACUAACCAACUAACUAACUAGCUAGUGACUAACUAGUAACCUUAUGGCCUGAAAUUUAAACCCCCCAUGUAGAAUGUGAAGAGAGAGUGUGUGUACAUGGGGGGUGGGGAGGGUGGGAGUGUGUGUGUGUGUUCACAGUAGACAUGGCCUCCAGAAUACCUCUUUGUGCAAUUAUUAUCAUCUGCUGUGCCCAGUGCACUUACACGGUGAGAGGUGUGGCUACAUGUCAGAGCAACUGACUUAACUCUUGUGUACAAUAUGUAUUUAGAGGUACGUGUCGAAUCGUGCCGGACAAAAUGAUUGUAUGUUGACAUAACAAGAAGCAUCUGACAUUGCUUUCUAGACCACAGCCAAGGAUUUUUACCCCCCGUCUGUCCGUCCGUCUUAACCCAUCUGUGUACCUGUCUGCCUGUCUGUCUAGCAGUGCUCUGCAGAGCAAAGGAUGCAGGAGUUGGAAAAGCCCAGCACCAAAUCUGUGGAAGUACAAGUGAGCUAAACUGGGCCAAAGCAAAGCAUGUUAAAUGCUGAAAACAGCUUUUUAAAAUCUUGCUUGUUCUCCUCCAAAAAAAUCCAAGCCUUGCCAAAAAGAGGCUCUUACAAUCAAUAUUGUCUAAUGAUAAUGAUUAAUUUCUUCCAUAAGUCAAUCAAUAGCAGUGGUAAUAUUUUUGGGCAAAUUAACGUGAAUAUUUUUAUCUACCUUUUAUAUAAAGAUAAUCUGGUAACUUGCUAGAUAUGGGAAGUGGGACCAUGUGUCUAAAGAGUGCGAGACAGACAGGGCAGGCCCCUGCUAGUUUUGGUGCUACAUGUACAGAAAUACAAGCCUCUCUGUUGUAGCCAACAUGCUGGCGGUGUCAGCGGACAGAAGGCAGAGAACACAGUGGAGACAGGACUCGUCCUCUUCUAUUCUCUCUUUCCUUCCUUUUAUCUCCCCUCUUCUCUUCCAAAACAGAUCUGUUGCCUUGGAUGUUGUUUUCCUGUUUACUGACCACUUAAGCACCUAGAAAUGCAUAGAUACACAAACCAAUACAUGCGCACACAAACGUAGUAGCUCCAGUUCUGUCAGAAGGGGAUUGCCAAUUCUAAAGAGAACUGAGACUGUAGUGAAAGGAGAAGUCUGGAUGACUAUCCACCACAUGCAAACAUAUGCACACAUGCACACACAGCUCUGUGAGAUUGUACACACCCCACCCCAGCCUGAGGUGAUGUGUAGGUAAAUAAACCUGUAGAGAGGCGCAUUCCACUCUGCUCCACCCAACUGGAUGUGCCAAGGCGACAAUUUCAAACCUUCAGAGAGCAAUCCCAUUGCCUGCUUUGGCGAAUCUCGUUUAUCUGAAUGUGUUUUGUGCUGCUGCUACAGCAGCACACUAUUGGGGCUGAUCCUCGAUAAGUUUUGCCUUUAAGUAGUGAUUGAAAUUUUAUGGACCAGAGGGGCCUGAUCAGAGAUUCUGGAUCAGUGCUCCCACCUAUAAAAUGCUUUUGUGAAUAUGGAUCUUGGUCCAUAUUGUAGGACCUUCCAACCCGAUGCCUCAUCUGCAACACACACAUACACACACAAGAUGCGCAUAUGCGUGCGUCUGGAAUACGCAAAACUGACAUUCCUGUUUUUUUUGUAUUUGUUUUGGGACUUUUUAAUGUAUUUUGAUAUAUUUGGUUUUGUUUUGCCAAAAAAAUACAUGUGCCAUCAACCGCCAGACAGUUGUUGUUACCUCCUUAAAAUGGCCAGCCUGGACCAUUCUGAACUAACUAGAGUGCCACAGGUAGACAUCUCCAAUCUGUGACACCACAGACGGCAACUUAUCAAGCUUACUCACAUUAAAAAUCCCGAAAUGAACACUAUCUCUUCAGAAGUACGCAUUUCCUCCAAAUACAAACAUAUAUUUAUCUAAAGAGAUAACCUCAAGCCUAAAACAUUUAUCAGAGUAACUUCAAUGUGAUGUAAUCAGACACAGUUAUUCCCCUUUUACUUCAGCUGAAGAACUCGUACUGCUUUAGGCAGAUGUCCAUCUGUGGCUCUAGUUAGAGAAGCAUAGACAAACAGGCUCUUGGUCUGCCUUUUCAUUCAACUGUAUCUAAAGCUGUCAGGCCGAUUCGCGUGUUGACGGCCUGUACGUAGAUCUCUGUGUGCUUUAAUCACCUCUAGACAAACCUUAAUCAAUUAAAGGCAAAUUAGUGGUCAACUCAUCUUGACCCCUUAACAAAGUUUUGGGGCGUUGAAUGGGUUUGACUGGGAGGAGAUCACAGAAGUUGCACAUGACUUGUCUAAGCUGCUGAGGCAUUUAGGAAUGGUACUCCGACUUGCUUAGGGACAUUCCAACAGUAGGAAGAGCAUCAGUUUGAAGAGCAGAAGGUGUAACAAAACAUGCAAACUGUGUGGAAGUUUCUUUGUGUGAUCUCUCGACAUUAGGGUAUUGUAUGAAAAAAGCCUGGUUUUAUUUGUUAAGUAUUUAUUCAUAUCAAGAUAUCUGUAUUGUGUGAUUCAAUAAUUAUUUAUAUGUCGUCCUGAAAUGAAUUAUUUUUAUUAAGAAAUCUGAAA